GGAGGAGCGGGGCUGCUGGAGGAGGAGGUGGAGGAGGAGGAGGCCUGUGCGCGGUGGUAGCAGCCACAAUCCGUAAUGCCCAAUGAAACAGUUUAAACGGAUACAACUCACAGCCAUUGACUGCAAACACUUGGCGCAAAGCAGGGAAGGCUCAUUUUCUCUGACCCAGCCCUUAAGUCGAAGGUGGACAAGUAGAGAUCUGAACUGGAGACUCUAUCCUAAACCAAAAAAAGGAAACAGAGCACGAGGAUUUCAGAGAGGAGUGAUUGAUUUCUUCCCAGUUGGUCAACGAUCAUGCUCCAGUGACAUGGCCCAAAGUGGCUCUACUAAUGAACAUAAUGCUGCUGCUGACGAAAUGGCCUUUGCUUGUGCUUUGCCUCAAGAACACGAAAGGGAAUCUAAAGUAUCCUCUUUGGGAUCUGUUGUGACAUCUAGGAAGCGAUGUCUUUCCUUUGACCAGGAAGGAAACCAAGUCACAGGAAGAAGCCAGUGUGGUAGUGUUGCUAAGAAAAACCUCAAGGACCAAUCCACAGAUCUUGGGGAAAUGAAAUGGGAAAUGAAUUGUUUAUUCCAGGUUCCAAUGGACCCUGGACAAAUUAAGCAAGAAGAUGAGGAAAAUGGUCCUGAACCUGACCCUUAUUAUGGGCUUCUUGGAAACUUGCCCAGUCAAGAGCCCCAGAGCCACAUUUGUAGUCUUCCAAGUGAAGUCCUAAGACACAUUUUUGGUUUCAUCCCUAUGGAAGAUCUCUAUAAGAGCCUAAUCCUGGUGUGCCACCUUUGGAGGGAGAUUAUCAAUGAUCCACUGUUUAUUCCUUGGAAAAAGCUGUACCAUCGUUACCUGAUGAAUGAGGCACAAGCUGUCAGUGAAGUGGAAAAUAUCCUUUUGAACUAUGCCAUAUCAAAAGAGGAGAACCUGUGUAUGCUAAACCUGAUACGAUACACAGUGGGUACCAAAUAUGUUCAGCAUGUCAAUCCUGAGGAGGCAAGGUAUUGCCUGAAGGAUCAUCCUCUCUUUCCUCAGGCAGAGGCAUGCCUUCGUCACAAGAUGCUUGAUUUGUACAGUGCUCCUGGGGGUAUCAGUGUAUGGGCCUUAAUAGCAACGAUCAUACUUCUCUCCAGCACUAUGAGUGACAUUCAGAGGCUGUUAUCCUGUUUCAAGAGACCCACUUCCCCAGUGACCAUAUUAGACAUCACUGAGACCCUGUACUGUAUGGCGGUACUGCUGCAUGCCAUGAGAGAGAAGGGGAUUAAGAUUAGCAACAGGAUUCAUUACAACAUCUCCUGUUGCCUAUACCUUCAGGAGAACUCAAGAUUUCAGGCCACAGGUGUCAAAGAGGAAGCCUCCACCUUUCAAGGGAAAAAAGUGACCAUUCAGCUAACACAUGAACAGCAAAAGAUCCUGAGCCAUGAGAUCAAACCUCUCCAGGUGGUGAAAAUUAUGGCUUUUGCAGGCACUGGAAAGACCUCAACCCUUGUCAAAUAUGCUGAGAGGUGGUCUGACAGAAAAUUUCUAUAUGUUGCAUUCAACAAGAGUGUUGCAAAGCAAGCUGAGCACAUGUUCCCAAGCAAUGUUACCUGCAAAACUUUUCACUCCAUGGCCUUCAGAGACAAAGGAAGGCUGUACCAGAUAGAGAAGAAACUGAAUCCUUUCAAGCUCACACCCUUCAUGGUCAACUCUGUCCUUUCAGAAGGGAAAGCAGGAUUCACAAGGGCCAAAUUAGUGUGCAAGACCUUAGAAAAUUACUUUGCCUCUGCUGAUGAAGAUUUGAACAUUGAACAUGUGCCCAUAUGGUGGAAGAACAGUCAGGGACAGAAGGUCAUGGUAGAUCACAGUGAAAAGCAGAAUGGUGCAUAUGAAGCAGCCAGACUUUGGGAGAACAUGAAGAAGUUGGAAGAGUGCAGAGAAGAGGCUUAUCAUAUGACUCAUGAUGGCUAUUUGAAACUUUGGCAACUUAGCAAGCCUUCUUUUGGUGCUUAUGAUGCCAUCUUUGUGGAUGAGGCCCAGGACUGUACUCCAGCCAUCAUAGACAUAAUUCUAUCCCAACCAUGUGGAAAAAUCUUUGUAGGGGACCCACACCAACAGAUCUACACCUUUCGGUAUGCUAUUAAUGCCCUUUUUGCAGUCCCACACACACAUCUCUUCUAUCUCACACAGAGUUUUAGGUUUGGUGCUGAAAUUGCUUAUGUGGGAGCCACUAUCUUGGAUGUUUGCAAGAAAGUCAGGAAGAAGACUUUGAUUGGGGGAAACCAAAAGAGUAGCAUUAGAGGCAGUUCAGAAGGACAAGUUGCCUUGUUGUGCCGAACCAAUGCAAGUGUUUUUGAUGAAGCAGUUCGGGUGACAGAAGGGAAAGCUCCUUCAAGAAUAUAUUUGAUUGGGGGAACUAAAUCAUUUGGAUUGGACAGAUUCAUUGAUAUUUGGAUCCUUCUUCAGUCAGAUGAGGAGCAGAGAAAACAAAAUCUUUCCAUCAAGGACAGAUUUAUCCGGAGAUGGGUACACAAAGAUGGCUAUGGGGGUUUAAAAAGGUAUGCUGUUGCUGCUGAAGACAAGGAACUGAUGGCAAAGAUUGCAGUGGUCGAAAAGUACAACGUCCGAAUUCCAGAACUGGUGAAAAGGAUUGAGAAGUGCCAUGUAAAUGACGUAGCAUUUGCAGAAUAUGUUUUGGGCACCGUUCACAAAGCCAAAGGCUUGGAGUUUGACACCGUUCAGAUUUUGGAUGAUUUUGUAAAAGUUCCAUGUGGCAGGCAUAACCUUCCACAGAUUCCUCACUUCAGAAUUGAGUCAUUCCCUGAUGAGGAAUGGAAUUUGCUGUAUGUUGCAGUGACUCGUGCCAAGAAAUGCCUCAUCAUGACCAAGUCACUGGAAAACAUUUUAACUCUGGCUGGGGAGUACUACUUUCAAGCAGAGCUAACCAGAGAUGUCUUAAAAAGUGGAGAGGUACUUUGCUGUGUGAGGCAGUGCAAUAACAUUAUCCCUGCAGAGACUGUCCUCACCAUGAAGAAAUUUCCCAUCACUUUUAGUAGCAAAAAGGAGGACAAAGGUGGAUUCUUCUGCCAUGCUUGUGCCGAGCAGCGUGUUGGGCCUCUGACAUUCCUGACAGCCUCACCAGAGCUGAUAUUCUCUAUGGAACAUACCUUUGAAGAACUGGAGCUACCUAGACAUGAAGCUCAGCUUUUCAUUGUCUUCUGAAAACCAAGGCAAAGCUUCUCAUCAGUGUGGAACUCUUUGUCAUUAAGUUUCUUGGAAAGAAGAAUGUGAGAGUUGGGGUGGGGAAGACCAGCUUCUCACCACACCUGGAGUUUGUGAAUCCAUAGAAGAUCAACCUCGGUGGUUGCUGGAGUCCUCAGCUCCUGAACUUGGAGUUUUCUAGUGUUGGACUGUUUCUGUUUUUAUACAUAGGCUCAGGGGUGUGUUUGAUUCUUUCCAACCAGUUCCAAGAUGUUUUCUGCCUGGUACCAUUUGCCUUCAUCCAGUGGCCAAAGCCCUUAUAGUAUUCUAAGAUUAAUUCAGGAUUUAUUCAUCCAUUUAUAGGGCAGUUUCUUAAAACCUAUUCCUGUUGAUGAUUCUUGGAUUCAUUCAAAAGCAUUCCCACCUGAUACAGAUAUCAGGUUUCUGAAUUCAUUUUGUUUACUCAUUAAAGCCUAAUAAUGUCUGUUGAUUUUGAGGGGUAUAGGCCUUCUGUGAUUACAUUACUUGAGAUUAAAUUUGUAUCCCAGCCACCUGACAAAAGCAUAAUAGAAUCACAGGGCUGAGCCCCAAACCAGAACUUCUCGAGGCCCUUUAGCUUACUUGGCACUGUAACUGGUAGCCAUUUAGGGUGGCACACGAGAUGAACUCAAUAGUGAGGAAUACUGCUGAAUGCAGAUGAAAGCUACUCUCCUUGUCCAGUGCCCUGUGUGCCAAGUACCCCUUGUGUAGGUACCUUUCCCACCAUAUCAAGGUUAAGAAUGUCCUCAUAGGCAUUGAUACUGACAGUGGUUAAGGCUUUACCUGACCCAGUUGACAUGCAAUGGCUGCUUAUGCCAUCUUUAAACAAUUUUUUAAAAAUUAUAAUUAACUACCUUUGAUCUUAAGUACUUCUGUCAUGACUUAGGAAAUUAGAUUGAGUCUGGUCCUGGGCAUAUGAUAUUCUUCUCGCCAUAGAAGUGCAUAGAAUGUGGACUGGGUGUGCCAGCAUGCCCUGGUGGAGAAUUUUUAUUGUCCCUUCCCCUGUCCCUUAGCCAGAGGGCUCAUAAUGUCCUCUGGGAAAGAACACUGGGAAAUGCUCCCCAGCACACAUUCUGUGUAUACCUAUGCCUAUCACCCAUAAGCAGCAAUCCUCUUAGAAAGGUGAGUUCUUAAAGUGGAAACUCCACCACCUCCUGUCCUUUACAUUCUUGAUGAGCUGGGGAAUCUUAGCUGAGGCAACCCAUCAGUAGUACCAUAGCCCUUCUAUGCCAUCAGCCCUGUCAUCCAAGUGUGAGAUCAGAGGAUCGACAGCAAAGAACGGGGUGAAGAGGUUGGAAGUGAUUCAGCCUGAUGUAUUUACCCACUUUCUUAAGCCAAAAUUGAAAUCAGGAGCUUUAUGAGAUACACACUGACUCCAAAAAGUAAUGGAGCAAUAGUAACCUUCCCCAACUCCCACCUCCCCAGACUUUAUCAGGGAGAUCAAGAACCCUCAGCCUAGGGGAAAUAUUCUUGCAUGGACCCAGAAUAAGAAGCAAAGGCUAAAUGUUACUUACAGAUUAUGAGUAGGUCUGAUUUAGCAGCUCAAAGGUUCAUCACCUUAAGUCGUCGUAGUAAUUCUUCAAAAUCUAGUGAUUACUCCCAUUUGAGUAGAAGGGAUACUAAGUCACUCAACUAUUAUAUCUCAGACCUUGUUUUUUAUGGUGGAAGGGACAUGUUAACCUGGACAGGAUUUGCAAAGAACAAGGAUUUGGGUUUAUUGUCACCCAGAGUGACCAGACUGGCCAAAGGGUUCAUAGCAUUUCUCUGUGCUUUUGUCACUUUAAAGCUUCAGCAGAGCUUUGAAAGUUAGGGAUUCGUUGCCCAUGUUUUAUCCCUCAUUAUUCUUAAUAAUAAUAAAGGGUCCCCGUUCACUACCCCAGGGUUGGAUCCCACCAAGAUUGCAUGUAAUGGAAGUGAGAGUUCUUAUCUAAGGCUAUCUAGGAGUCCAAAUUUCAUUGGAUUAAAUUAGGAUACAGGGCAAGGCUUUUAAGAUACAGGACAAUGGAAGUAAAUUUUGUAACCCUACCAACUGAAAGCAAACAUGGUCAGAUUGAAUGUUAACUCCAAACAUCCCAAUUUCUAAGCACUUGUUUGUCUACCUGCUCAAUUAGCAUAACCAACUAUUUUAACAUCUGUUAGAGCUCUCUGUGUGUCAAAAAACAGAGGACUUAAGACAUUUAUGAUCUGCCUUGAUGAUUCAAUAAUAUUAAGCACCUACUUUGCACAAAGCACUGUGCUAGUUUGGCACUGGGAAUAUGAAGAUGAAAAUAAUCCCUUAGCCUCAAGGUGCUUCCGUUCUGUGAGGGAGAAUACAGCAACUAAAUGUGUUCAGUACAAGGGAAAUUGAAAUUAAGUAAUUAUCAAAUUUCAUCCUUCAAAAGGUGGAGGAGCAGUGAAAGAAACUAAAUAACAUCUCAAAAGAUAGUUUAGCAGAUAAAACACUUGUUAGUGAUGUGGAUGCUAUUGUUGACCCCACUAUAUUUGUACACUCAGAGCAAAGAUGAGAAUUUUAAAAAGCAAGAAUAAUAGUGAUAAAAAAGAUUUGCCAUAGAAUCAAAACAACUUAUUCUUGGAACUGAACAGCUAAUGAAAAGUAGGAAAUGCAAAAUAAAUCACAAAUAGAUAUUUUAGUAAAUAUUGUAACCAAUAUAAAUCUAUUUCCACAAGACCAAAAAAGCUGAGAAAGUGCCUUUGCAAGCAAACAUUUGACUCUGUUGUGUAGUGGAGAGAGGUGACGGGCAAAGAAUUUGAAUAUAAACUUAUAAAAUCUCAUAGAGAAGGAUGAUGGAUAAAUAUAAGCAGUAUCAUCUCAUAAAGCAGAGAGAAUCAUUGGAGAAUAAAAGUUUGGGAGGAGAUCCAGCUAAGUAAAAUCAUCCCAAGGGCAUUUAAGUAUGAAAAGCAAAAGAACAACAAAUAAGAAAAAUGAGAAGCUUAUUAUGACAAACUUUUCACCUCAAGAGCAAUUGAUGCACCAUGCUUUGAUCUACCCAUCACAGUCCUGUGCUAAGAAGAUAGAAUGGGGGGAAGAAAAUUUUCCAAACCUGGGAAGAGCAGCCAAAUUGGGCCAAGUGCGAAUGAUCCAUACUAGAGGUAAGAUAAUUGUGAGGGUUAUAAAAGAUUGAUAUAUAAGUAUUUAAAGAAAUGGAAGACACAGAAAGUGCAAAAAAAACUCAGACCUUGCUAAUAUCAGAAAAAUGCAGCUAAAGAUACAUCAUCUGAUCAAUCUACCUACUCUCUCAUGUACACAAAAUCUUUAUAUGCGGAUCAAGGUUAUCCUUAAUGAGAGUGUUAGUAGGGAACAAGCAGUCUUUCUCAAGGUUCCAUAUAUAUGUUCAUAGCACUUUUUUGUGGUAGCAAAAAACUGGAAAUAAAAGUAGGUGCCCAUCAUUUGUGGGAAAGAUUAAACAAAUUGUGGUUCAUGAAUGUAAAAGAAUAAAAAGCAAAAUGAAAAGUCUUUCUGUGUCCCUCUACUCACACACCCCAACACACCUUAAGUGAAAAACGCCAGCCCACAAAACUCCUGAGUGUUGUGACCUGAACCAGAUUAAAAUGUAAUCGUGAAGUCUUUAACAAAAUUGGUAAAAAUACAACAAUAAAGAUAAUGUUAAAUUAUGGUUUUCCAAGUUAA